AUGGUCUUCUUCUUCUUCGUCUGCGGCGAAUACACCUUCCGCUCAGAGGUCAAGGGCUACGAGGGCAUCAUCUGCCAGUGCCACAACUGCGGCAACAUGUCCGCCCGCGUCAUCAAAAGCCGGCCCUUUUUCACCUUUUGCUUCGUGCCCAUUAUACCCUUCACCAUAUCAGGCUUCGUCGAAGUAGUCUGCCACAUAUGCAACUUCAAGCAGCCCCUCAAGAACAGGCCCGACGUCGUGUCCAUGGCCAACGGAGGGGCUCCCGCCGCCGCCGCCGCUGGGCCGUACCCGCCGCCCGCGAAUCCUGGAUGGGGGCAGCGGCAGGACCAGGGCCAGCCUCCCGCGAGAUAUGGCUAA